UCAGCCCUCUUUCCCUUUCCUUGGGUUUUUUUUUUCUCUCGCUUUUGCUCUUCGAUCGCUCUCGUCUUCGUUCUUCGAUCGAUGUUGAUGCAUCGCAUCAUCGGCAUCGAAACCCUAAUCAGGAGCUCGAUCUACACCAACGAUCUUCGCUUCGAGAUCGAUUUCUAGGGUUUUGCUUUGGUUUUGGGCGCGGAGAUGGCGGGACAGAGGUCCGGCGCUUUCCCUCUGCGCCUCCAGCAGAUCCUCUCCGGUGGUCGCCACUCGUCGCCCUCGCUCAAGCUCGAAUCCGAGCCCCCUCCAAAAGUUAAAUCAUUUAUUGAUAGGGUGAUUAAGUGCCCGUUGCAGGAUAUAGCCAUCCCUCUCUCAGGCUUUCGAUGGGAAUACAACAAGGGAAACUUCCAUCAUUGGAGGCCAUUGUUUCUGCAUUUUGAUACUUACUUCAAGACAUACCUUUCUUCUAGAAAGGAUCUUCUUUUAUCUGAGAGUCUAUCAGAGAAUGACCCAUUUCCAAAACACUCCAUUCUACAAAUUUUAAGAGUUAUGCAAACAAUUUUGGAGAAUUGUCACAACAAGAGCUCAUUCCAUGGACUAGAGCAUUUCAAGCUUCUACUGGCAUCAACUGACCCUGAGAUACUUUUAGCCACUUUGGAGACUCUUUCUGCAUUGGUGAAAAUAAAUGCCUCCAAGAUUCAUGUCAAUGGGAAGCUGAUUGGUUGUGGAGUGGUCAAUAACUGUCUUCUUUCACUAGCGCAAGGUUGGGGUAGUAAAGAAGAAGGCUUGGGUUUAUAUUCAUGUGUUGUGGCAAAUGAGAGAAGUCAACAAGAAGGAUUGUGCUUGUUCCCAUCAGAGGAAGGAAAUGAAUGUGGUCGAAGUGGAACCCAAUAUCCAUUGGGUUCCACCCUUCAUUUUGAAUUCAAUGCUGCUGGUGCUCUGGAUGAUGAGAAUACCACUGAGAGAAGCAAAUCAUCCAACUUGCAUGUUAUACAUAUCCCAGAUCUUCAUCUUCGGAAAGAUGAUGACUUGGUUAUUUUGAAGCAGUGCAUUGAGCGAUUCAAUGUACCAUUGGAGCACAGGUUUUCGUUAUUGACAAGAAUUAGAUAUGCAAAUUCCUUCCGCUCUCCUAAGGCUUGUAGGCUGUACAGCAGAAUCUGCAUUCUUUCAUUCAUUAUUCUUGUACAGUCUAGUGAUGCGCAUGAUGAAAUCUCGUCAUUCUUUGGGAAUGAACCUGAAUUUACUAAUGAGCUAAUCAGACUUGUUAGAUCUGAAGAUUCUGUACCUGGAAAUGUAAGGGCACUUGCCAUGCUUGCUCUAGGGGCCCAGUUAGCAGCAUAUGCUUCAUCUCAUGAACGAGCGAGAAUAUUGAGUGGGUCAAGCAUCAUCUCUGCUGGGGGGAAUCGUAUGGUGCUUCUAGGUGUGCUGCAGAAGGCAGUUCUAUCGCUGAGUCAUCCUAGUGAGCCGUCUUCUCCCAUUUUUGUUGAUGCCCUUCUGCAGUUCUUUCUCCUCCAUGUUCUAUCUUCUUCAAGUCCUGGGAGUUCUGCACGUAGCUCGGGAUUGGUCCCUCCACUUUUGCCGCUUCUACGAGAUACAGAUUCUUCUCAUAUGCAUCUUGUCUGUUCCACAGUGAAGAUCCUUCAGAAACUGAUGGAAUAUAGCGGUCCAGCUGUGUCCUUGUUCAAAGAUCUUGGUGGUUUGGAACUUUUGGCUCAAAGAUUGCAGAUAGAAGUGCAUAGAGUUAUUGGUACAAGUGAUGAUAGUAAUGACCAAAUGGUGAUUGGUGAUUUUUCAAAAUCUGAUGAGGACCGGCUGUAUUCUCAGAAGAGGCUUAUAAAGACAUUGCUCAAGGCACUUGGUUCUGCAACUUAUUCACCGGUAAAUUCUUCAAGGUCUCAGAACAAUCAUGACAAUAAUUUACCGCCUACAUUGGCAUUGAUAUUCCAAAAUGCAAUCAUAUUUGGAGGUGACAUUUAUUUUGCGGCUGUCACUUUGAUGAGUGAGAUUAUUCACAAGGACCCGACAUGCUUCAGUGUGCUCUAUGAUUCUGGUCUUCCUGGUUCAUUUUUGUCAUCUGUUACAUCUGGAAUCAUCCCUUCUUCAAAAGCACUUAUUUGUGUUCCAAAUGGCCUUGGUGCGAUCUGCCUCAAUGUGAAAGGACUGGAGGAUGUUAAGGAAACUGCUGCAUUGAAUUUCCUUGUUGAGGCUUUCACAACCAGGAAAUACUUGGUGGCUAUGAAUGAAGGUGUUGUUCUUUUGGCAAAUGCUGUGGAGGAACUUCUUCGACAUGUAUCUUCCUUAAGAAGCACUGGUGUGGAUAUAAUAAUUUUCAUUAUUAACAAACUUGCUUCUCUGGGAGAGGACAAAAGCAGUGAUCUUUCUGCAGAAGCUGCUGAGAAUACUCCCAUGGAAACAGAUAUUGAAGAGAAAGAGCAUGAGGGUCAUGAUUUGGUGAGUGCCCUGGACUCAGCUGCUGAUGGUAUCGGUGAUGAGCAGUUCCUCCAUUUGUCAAUCUUUCAUGUGAUGGUAUUGGUUCAUCGAACAAUGGAAAAUUCUGAAACUUGUAGGUUAUUUGUAGAGAAGAGGGGAAUAGAGACUUUGAUGAAACUCCUAUUGCGACCUAGCACGACACUAUCCUCUGAAGGGAUGCCUAUCGCACUGCAUAGCGCUGUGGUCUUUAAGGGUUUUACUCAGCAUUAUUCAACUCCUCUAGCACACGCAUUUUCAUCUGCUCUCAGGGACCAUAUAAAGAAAGCUCUUGAUGGAUUUAACUCUGUUUCUGAUCCAUUCUUAUUGACCCCUGGGAUUACUGCAGAUAAUGGAGUUGUUUCUUCACUUUUUGUUGUUGAAUUUCUUCUUUUCCUUGCUGCCUCGAAAGAUAAUCGCUGGAUCAGUGCUUUACUUACUGAAUUUGGUAAUGGAAGUAAGGAUGUUUUGGAAGGCAUUGGACGGGUUCACAGGGAAAUUCUAUGGCAGCUUGCCCUUCUUGAUGAUUCGAAGCCUGAGUCUGAUGUUGGCACCUCUACUUCUGUGAAUGUGGCACGGACAGAGCAAGGGAUAUCGGAAUCAGAAGACCAUAGGUUUAGUUCCUUUAGGCAGUAUCUUGAUCCGUUGCUUAGAAGACGAGGUUCUGGGUGGAGUAUUGAGUCUCAAGUUUCUGAUCUGAUCAGUAUUUAUCGUGAUGUUGGACGUUCAGCUGGUGGUUCACAAAGGCUUGGUAUAGAUGGUUAUCCAACUGUAAGAGUUGGAUCUAGUUCCCAAAUGCAACCAUCUAGUUCAGAAGAUACAGGUGAUAGUAGCAAAACAGAGACAGAGAAGCAGAGGUCUUUUUAUUCUACCUGCUGUGACAUGAUGAAGUCACUUUGUAGCCAUAUCAAUCAUCUUUUUCAGGAGCUUGGAAAAGCAAUGCUCUUAGCUUCUCGGCGUGAGAACAAUCCAGUAAAUGUGUCUCCCCCUGUCAUUUCUGUUGUUGCAGCAAUAUCUUCCAUUGUGUUGGAUCACUUGAACUUCAGGGGCAAUGAUAAUUCUUCCAAAGAAGAGGUCUCCAUUUCCGUAAAAUGUCGCUAUCUUGGAAAAGUCGUAGAUUUCAUUGAUGGGUUAAUCUUAGACAGGCCAGAUUCAUGUAAUCCCAUCAUGGUGAAUUGUUUUUAUGGUCAUGGUGUUAUCUCUUCUAUCCUGACUACCUUUGAAGCUACCAGCCAGUUGCUGUUUGCAGUUAAUAGGGUUCCAGCCUCCCCAAUGGAUACUGAUGAUAAAGGUGUGAAACAAUAUGAGAAGGAAGAAGGAGAUGAUUCUUGGAUAUAUGGUUCCUUGGCAAGUUAUGCAACACUUAUGGACCACCUUGCAACAUCAUCUAUUAUCUUGUCUUCAGCAAAACAGUUUCUUGAACAGCCUCUCAUUAAUUCAAGUAUCGCAUAUCCAACUACUGCUGAGUCAUUUGUGAAGAUAUUUCAAUCCAAGAUUGUAAAAGCAAUACUUCCAAUUUGGACCCACCCUCGCUUUUCUGAAUGCAAUUUAGAGUUCGUUGGUGCCAUGAUCUCUAUUAUUAAGCAUGUUUAUUCUGGUGUUGUAGUCAGGAAUGGUAGUGGCAGUGUUGGAGCUCGUGCGGCUGGGCCUCAUCCUGAUGAAUCAGCUAUUUCAUUGAUUGUAGAGAUGGGAUUUUCCAGGUCUAGGGCAGAAGAAGCCUUGAGACAGGUGGGGACAAAUAGUGUUGAAAUUGCUACUGAUUGGCUAUUCUCACAUCCAGAAGAACCACAAGAUGAUGAUGAACUUGCUCGAGCCCUUGCUAUGUCCCUUGGGAAUUCUAAUACAGCAUCAAAGGAGGAUGAAACUGCCAAGUCUGUUUGCCUUGAGGAAGAAGAGGAAGCAAUUAAGCUACUGCCUGUUGAUGAUCUGUUGUCAGCUUGUCUCAGGCUUUUGCAAGUGAAGGAGCUUCUAGCUUUUCCAGUUCGGGACCUACUUUUGAUGAUUUGUUCACAAAAUGAUGGUGAACAUCGCUCAAAAGUUCUUUAUUUCAUUGUGGACCAUGUUAAAUCAUAUUCGUUGGUAUCUGAUUCAUUUAAUGGAACCAUACUCUCUGCCCUUUUCCAUGUCCUUGCGUUAAUUCUACAUGAAGAUGCUGUAUCGCGAGAAGUUGCUUCAAAGGCUGGUCUGGUGAAGAUUGCUCUGAAACUUCUUUCUGAGUGGAAUUCAGGUUGGCUGCCAGUUGAGAAAUCUGAAGUUCCUAAGUGGGUGACAGCUUGUUUUCUCUCUAUUGAUCGGAUGUUGCAGGUGGAUCCCAAACUGUCGUCAGAUAUCACUGAUUUGGAACAGUGGAGAAAAGAUUAUCUCGAGACUCAAACCUCUCUUGUUAUUGAUGAAACCAAGGACUUGCAGUCCACUUUGAAUUCGACCACACAUUUGGAUACAGAUGAUCAGAAAAGGCUUCUGGAAAUAUCUUGCAGGUGCAUAAAAAACAAGUUACCUUCUGAAACGAUGCAUGUGGUACUUCAAUUGUGUGCUACACUUACUAAAGUUCAUUCAGCUGCUGUAAGUUUUCUUGAUGCUGGAGGGUUGCCUGCAUUGCUUAGUUUGCCAACCAGUAGUCUUUUCCCUGGAUUCAACAAUUUGGCAGCUGCAAUAAUUCGUCAUAUUCUUGAGGAUCCUCAUACUCUUCAACAAGCCAUGGAGUUAGAGAUACGACACAGUCUUAUCACAGCUGCAAACCGACAUUCAAAUGGAAGAAUUACUCCUCGUAAUUUUGUUCAGAACUUGUCUUUUGUCAUAGCUCGGGAUCCAGUAGUCUUUGUGCGGGCUGCUCAAUCUGUCUGCCAAAUAGAGAUGGUAGGUGACAGACCAUAUAUAGUACUGCUGAAAGAUCGUGACAAAGAGAAGCACAAGGAGAAAGAGAAAACAACCAUCGACAAAGAUAAGCAACCAGAGUCUAAUGGAAAGAUCAACGGAGGGGAAAUGAUUGUUGGCAGUGGGCAUAAUAAAGUAACCGAGUCAAAUGCCAAGAAUGUUAAAGGUCACAAGAAAUCUCCUCCAAGUUUUGUAAGUGUGAUUGAGCAUCUCUUGGAUUCUAUUGUAACUUUUGUUCCUUCAUCUAAGGCUGAUGAUCAGCCUAAUGGUGUUCCUGGGACCCCAUCUGUGGCUGAUAUGGAUAUUGAUAGCACUUCAACAAAAGGAAAAGGCAAGGCUAUUGCAGUUUCAUCUGAGGAUAGCAAAAUUGACAACCAGGAGGCUGCAGCAUCUCUGGCCAAGACGGUUUUUAUUCUGAAGUUGAUGACAGAAAUACUAUUGACAUAUGCUUCAUCCAUACAUGUUGUGCUUCGUAGAGAUGCUGAACUCAGUAACCUUCGUGGUCCUUAUCGGGCCACAUCAACUUAUUGUGGUGGUGGGAUAUUUCAUCACAUUCUUCACAAGUUUCUACCAUAUCCUGGGAUGCCAAAGAAGGAUAAGAAAGCAGAUGGUGAUUGGCGGCAGAAGCUUGCAUCUAGAGCCAACCAGUUUUUGGUGGCUGUUUCUAUUCGUUCAUCGGAGGGCCGUAAGAGGAUCUUUUCUGAGAUCAAUAAUGUGUUCAGUGAAUUUGUUGAUUCAUCAGAUGGUUGCAGGGCGCCUGACUCUUGUUUGCAUGCCUUUGUUGAUCUGCUUAAUGAUAUCCUUGCUGCAAGAUCCCCUUCUGGUUCAUAUAUUUCUGCAGAAGCUUCUGUGACCUUUAUAGAGGUUGGGCUGGUCCAGUCAUUGAGUGGUACUAUUCAAGUUCUGGACUUGGAUCAUUCGGAUUCAGCAAAGGUGGUCACUGGAGUUGUUAAGGCUCUUGAAGCUGUAACGAAGGAGCAUGUUCAUUCUGUUGAUUCUGCUAAAGCUGACAGCUCCUUGAAAUUGGAUUCUAAUCAAAAUCAGCAGGAGUUAUCUUAUAGCGAUGGCAAUAGAUUCCAGUCCUUGGAGACCACAUCACAACCUGAUCUUGCUGAAGAGGAGGCUGAAAAUAUGGAACAUUUUAAUGAGGACCAUUCUUCUGGUAGUUCAGGCUCUAAUACAGAUGAUGAUAUGGAUCAUGAUCGGGAUCUGGGUGGUGGCUUUUCUCGUGAACCUGAAGAUGAUUUCAUGCAUGAAGCUUCUGAAGAUGGCCGAGGUGUUGAAAAUGCCAUUUCUACUGUAGAAAUUACCUUUGAUAUCCAACAUAAUGCUGAUGAUGAGUUGGCUGAGGAUGAAGAUGAUGGGGUCUCAGGGGAUGGAGAUGAAGUAGAUGAAGAGGAUGAGGAUGAGGAUGAUGAUGAGGACGAGGAUGAUGAAAACAAUGAUUUGGAAGAAGAUGAUGAUGUUCAUCAGAUUUCACAUCCCGACACUGAUCAGGAUGAUCAUGAGAUUGACGAUGAAGAGUUUGAUGAGGAUGCGCUGGAGGAAGUGGAGGAUGAUGAUGAGGAAGAUGGGGUUAUACUUCGUUUGGAGGAGGGGAUUAAUGGAAUGAAUGUUUUUAACCACAUCGAGGUCUUGAGUGGAAGCAAUAAUUUGUCAAAUGAAACAUUGCGCGUGAUGCCUCUUGACAUUUUUGGUUCAAGAAGGCAAGGCCGGACCACAUCAAUUUACAAUCUUCUUGGACGAUCUGGUGAUCAUGGGCUUCCUCUUGACCAUCCGCUACUGGAGGAACCUACUUCAUUGAGACACCUAGUCCAUCAGAGGCAAUCAGAAAACACAGUUGAUAUGGCUUUCUCGGAUAGAAAUCACGAGAGUACUUCCUCCCGGCUAGAUGCCAUUUUUCGGUCACUGAGGAGUGGUCGGCCUGGUCAUCGUUUCAAUAUGUGGUUGGAUGAUGGUCAACAGCGUGGUGCAUCUAAUGCUCCGGCUGUGCCUCAAGGCAUUGAGGAGCUACUUGUCUCUCAGUUAAGGCGACCUACUCCUGACCAACCCAAUGACCAAGAUGCUUCAAGAAAUCAGCCUCAAGAAAAUGGUGAUCCCGACCCGCUACAAAGAACUGUUGCUGGGGUGGGUGGAGAAAUUCCUGCAGAAGGUAACAGAAACAAUGAGAAUCUGAUCAUCCCUUCACCUGGAUCAGCAUUAGGAGGCUCUGGAAAUGGUGUUGUGCCUAGUAAUGAUCAUAUCCUUCAAGAUAGGGAUGCGUCUAAUGCAGGUGAUCAAGUUGUAGAUAUGCAGUAUGAACGCAGUGAUGCAGCUGUACGAGAUGUGGAAGCAGUUAGCCAAGCAAGCAGUGGGAGUGGGGCAACCUUAGGGGAAAGUCUUCGUAGUUUGGAAGUAGAAAUAGGAAGUGUUGAUGGGCAUGAUGAUGGAGAAAGACAAGGUGAUUUACCGGGGACAAGGUUGAGGAGGUCUUUAGGCAGUACAGUACCAGUGGGUGGAAGAGAUAUACCAUUAGAAAGUGUUAGUGAGGUUCCUUCCCAUAGUGAGGAAACCACCCAGAGUAUUGCACAUGAAGAGCAACAGGUCGAUCAGACUGUUGACCCAGAUUCAAUUGAUCCCACAUUUUUGGAGGCUCUUCCGGAAGAGUUGCGGGCUGAAGUACUAUCGUCACGACAAAAUCAACCAGCAGAACCACAAAAUGACCAAUCUCAAUCUGCUGGAGAUAUUGAUCCUGAAUUUCUUGCUGCACUUCCCCCUGAUAUUCGUGAGGAAGUACUUGCACAACAACGCGCUCAAAGGCAACACCAGUCACAGGAAUUGGAGGGUCAACCUGUUGAGAUGGAUGCAGUUUCAAUAAUAGCUACAUUUCCUUCAGAGAUAAGAGAAGAGGUGCUUUUAACUUCCGAUGACACACUUCUGGCAAGUUUGACACCUGCACUUGUUGCUGAAGCGACAAUGUUGCGUGAAAGGUUUGCACGUCGGUAUCAUAGUGAUGCACUUUUAGGAAUGUAUUCCAGAAACAGGCGGGGUGAGUCUUCUGGACGGGGUGAAAUUAUUGGAUCUAGUUCAGAGAGAACAGCUGCAGCUAUUGCUUCACGGAAGUCAGCAUCUGGGAAGCUGAUUGAAGCUGAUGGGGCUCCUCUGGUUGAUACAGAUGCUCUUAAAGCUUUGAUUAGAUUGCUUCGCAUUGUUCAGCUGCCAUUUAAGGCCCAGUUACAGAGGCUUCUCUUGAAUCUAUGCACUCAUCAAAAAAUUAGAACAUCUUUGGUGCAAAUUUUAAUGGAUAUGCUGAUGCUUGAUCUGCAUGGAUCUGCCAAGAAUUCACCUUAUGACAGUGAAUCCCCAUUUCGAUUGUAUGCUUGCCAGAGUUACAUUAUGUAUUCCCGUCCACAGUUCUCAAAUGGUGUUCCACCUUUGGUAUCUAGGCGUGUCCUUGAAAUGCUCACAUAUCUUGCCAAGAACCAUCCAAAUGUGGCAAAACUCUUGCUUCAUCUUGAGUUGCCGCAACCAUACGUAUGUGAAAGAGAUUCUUCUGUUCAAGGCCGUGGGAAAGCUAUUAUGGAAGAAGAUAAGCCUGAGCAUGAGAGGGUAGAAUAUUCUAUUGUCCUACUUCUGGGUCUCUUAAAUCAGCCUCUGUAUAUGAGAAGUGUCGCACAUCUUGAGCAGUUGUUGAAUCUUCUCGAAGUUAUCAUGGUUAAUGCUGAAAAUGACUCUGGCACCUCUAACAAAUCUGGAGGGUCUCCUGAGCGAACAUUGGGUUCUGAGACUGCUGUGCAGGAAGGUGAUGUAGCUGCUGGAACUGCUGCAUCUUCUGAUGGCGUGGAUAUCAAAUCUUCUAAGGCUGAUCUAUCUAAUCCCUCUAGUUCUGCUGUAAACAAGGGAAGCCAUACUCGUGCUGUACUGCUUUGUCUUCCACAAACAGAACUACAACUUUUGUGCUCAUUGCUUGCACGCGAGGGAUUGUCUGAUAAUGCAUAUAAUCUUGUAGCUGAUGUAUUAAAAAAGCUAGUUGCAAUUGCUCCAACCCAUUGUCAUCUAUUUAUCACAGAACUAGCAAAUUCAGUGCAAAGUUUGACUUCAUCGGCAAUGAAUGAGUUACACUUGUUUGAGGAUUCUGAAAAGGCCCUUCUCAGCGCAUCUUCUUCGAAUGGGACCACCAUCUUGAGAGUUUUGCAGGCGCUGAGCUCACUCAUUGCAGUAUUACAUGAGAAGGAGAAGGAUCCACAGCUUCUUCCUGAGAAAGAGCAAGCAGAUGCUCUUUCUCAGAUAUGGAACAUAAACACGUCAUUAGAGUCUUUAUGGUUGGAGCUGAGUAAUUGCAUCAGCAAUAUUGAGAGUUCUUCAGAUGCAACGUCAGACUUGGUUUCAAUGUCUGGUAAUCUGGCUUCUACUAGUGUUGGUGGUGUCAGCCCCCCACUUCCUGCUGGUGCCCAGAACAUAUUGCCGUACAUAGAGUCUUUCUUUGUGACAUGUGAAAAGUUACGUCUGGGCCAAGCAGAUUCUCAAGAUUUCGCUUCAACAUCUGACAUGGAAGAUGCUUCAUCCUGUGGGCAGAAAUCACCUGGAGCCUACUCAAAAGUUGAUGAAAAGCAUGUUGUGUUUGUGAAGUUCUCUGAGAAGCAUAGGAAGUUAUUGAAUGCAUUUAUUCGGCAGAAUCCGGGGCUGCUUGAAAAGUCAUUCUCACUAAUGUUGAGAGUACCACGGUUCAUUGACUUUGACAACAAACGUGCUCAUUUCAGAUCAAAAAUAAAACAUCAACAUGAUCAUCAUCAUAGUCCAGUUCGAAUUUCUGUCAGAAGAGCUUACAUACUGGAGGACUCAUACAAUCAAUUGCGCAUGCGGUCACCUCAAGAUCUGAAAGGAAGGCUCACUGUUCAUUUCCAAGGAGAAGAAGGUAUUGAUGCAGGUGGGCUUACACGGGAGUGGUAUCAAUUACUUUCCCGUGUUAUUUUUGACAAGGGUGCUCUGCUCUUUACGACUGUGGGCAAUGAGUCAACUUUUCAACCAAACCCUAACUCUGUCUUCCAAACAGAGCACCUCUCAUACUUCAAAUUUGUUGGACGAGUGGUUGGGAAAGCACUUUUUGAUGGCCAGCUUUUGGAUGUCCAUUUCACUAGGUCCUUCUACAAGCACAUCCUUGGUGUUAAAGUUACAUAUCAUGACAUUGAGGCUACAGAUCCUGAUUAUUUCAAGAAUCUAAAGUGGAUGCUUGAGAAUGAUAUUACUGAUGUUUUAGAUCUUACCUUCAGCAUGGAUGCUGAUGAGGAAAAGCUGAUUUUAUAUGAAAGAGCAGAGGUAACUGACAGUGAGCUCAUACCUGGUGGGCGGAACAUCCGAGUUACAGAAGAAAAUAAACAUGAAUAUGUUGACCGAGUUGCAGAACACCGGUUAACAACUGCUAUCAGGCCUCAAAUUAAUGCAUUUAUGGAAGGCUUCAAUGAAUUGAUUCCUCGAGAAUUGAUAUCAAUCUUUAAUGACAAAGAGCUUGAAUUACUGAUUAGUGGACUUCCUGACAUAGAUUUGGAUGAUUUGAGGGCCAAUACAGAAUAUUCAGGGUAUAGCAAUGCGUCCCCUGUCAUACAGUGGUUCUGGGAGGUUGUUCAGGGCUUCAGCAAGGAGGAUAAAGCCCGUUUCCUGCAGUUUGUUACUGGCACCUCAAAGGUUCCUUUGGAAGGUUUUAGUGCACUUCAAGGAAUAUCAGGUUCUCAGAGGUUCCAGAUUCACAAGGCAUAUGGUGGUCCUGAACACCUGCCCUCAGCCCACACUUGCUUCAACCAACUAGAUCUGCCGGAGUAUGCAUCCAAAGAAAAAUUACAAGAGCGGCUAGUCCUAGCUAUCCAUGAAGCAAAUGAAGGUUUUGGGUUUGGUUAGAUGGGUUAAUAUUGAAUGACUUUCUGGUUUGUCUUUUAGUUCUGUAGAUAUAUAUAUAUAUAUAUAUGUGUCAUUGCUGGAAAGAGGAAAAGUUAUUAUGUAAAGGAACUCUUUUAUCUCUCCUUAAAAAUUAUAAUCAAAAGUUUUUAAAUUUCUCUUC